AUGCUUCCUUCGCUCGCCCUUCUCGCCCUCCCAUUCGUGGCCGCGGCUCCCGCAUCGUGGUUCCAACCCCGCGACUCGGAAAUCCACAACCUCUUCAAGCGCCAGGGUCCCAUCCCCGACCCCCAAGGCUUUGCCUCCCACUACCCUCCCUCUGGCCGGGUGGCCAACGGCACCCUUCCUCAAGCCUGGGUUGACAAGUAUAACCGCGUCAAGGCCGAAGGCAAGAUCCCCUCGCCCGAAGUCAACCCCGUUGCCGUGAGGCGCGAUGGUAACCCCGUCUACGAGGGCCGUGACGGUUCUGACAAGUCGAUCUGCUCCUUCAACACGGGUUGCCGCGCCGAUGAUGACUACUUCCUCGCCCCAGAUGGAAUGUUCGUGGUAUGUCUUCUUACCUUUGACGAUGGGCCCACCCCGGCCUCGCCCGCUCUCUACGACUUCAUGCAGGAGAACAACAUCACCCGCCAGGCGACCCACUUCAUGAUCGGCGGCAACAUUGCCGCUGACCCCCACACCAUGCAGCGUGCUUUCCGUCAGGGCGGCCACAUCGCUGUCCACACCUGGUCGCACCCCCAGAUGACCACGCUCUCGGACGAGGCUGUCAUGGGCGAGCUUGGCUGGACUAUGCAGGUUAUCGCCGACCUGACUGGUGGCCGCGUCCCCGCCUACUGGCGCCCCUCGUACGGUGACACGGACAACCGUGUUCGCGCCAUUGCCAAGCAUGUCUUUGGCAUGGACUGCGUCCUCUGGAACCGUGACACCAACGACUGGAAGAUUGGCCAGUCGCAGACCGUCGACAGCACCCGCAAGAUCAUGCAGGAGUGGUGGGUCGGCCCCAAGUCGCCCGGUAUCCUUGCUCUCGAGCACGACCUCAACAAGGACUGCGUUGACGUCUUCAUCGCCGAGUACCCCGGUGCUAUCGAGAACGGCUGGAAGGUUUCGUCGGUUCCCGACGCCUUCGGCCUCAAGUGGUACCAGAACGCCGACUCCAACGAGGGUCCCGUCACCAACUUCACCAUCGCCUCUGACACUCAGCUCAACCUCAACCUCUCGGCUCCCAUCCUCGGUGCCUCCGUGAGCGCAACCCCCUCGGCUUCGAGCAACGUCAGUGCGUCGGGCAGCGCCAACGCGAGCUCGUCGGGCUCUGCUUCCGCUUCGGCCUCGCCGAGCACCACCUCCAACUCGGCUGCGUCGGCUCUCGCCCUCCCCGGCCUCGCCUCGCUGCUCCUCGGCGCGCUUGCCGUCCUCUCCCUCUAG